AUGAAUAUUGACAAAGCCCUCUAUGAUCUAGGUGCAAGUGUGAGUCUGAUGCCUUUGUCAAUAUGUAAGAAACUUGAUGUGGGGGUGGGAAAAUUCUUUAUCCCAGUUGAUUUUGUUGUAUUGGAAAUGGAGGAGGACAUCCAGAUCCCCAUAAUAUUGGGAAGACCUUUUCUAGCAACUACUAAAGCUGUUAUAGACAUCAAGAAUGGGCUGUUAACUCUCAAGGUAAGAGAGGAAGAAGUGGAGUUCAACCUGUUCAAUGCAAUGAAGCACAAGAUUGAACCUGAUGAAUGCUUCAAGGUCGAUGUGAUUGAUAAGCAAGUUGAAGAGGAAUUCAUUAAAGCACACCCUUAA